AUGGUUACAGACGACAUGGGCGAGCUGUACACAUCGCCAUCCUUCCACCAGAUCUCUCCGCUCACCCGGAGCCGCAGCGAUGUCAGAUCACAAGCCCUAAAACGAUCGAACUCCUAUGCCGGGCUAAUCCGAAUGCCCUCAACAUUGACAGUCCCUCAAUACGGUUAUGGCGGCGGCUUCAUGGCUCGUUCGCUGUCCCGUUCGGGCUCAACAAUGUUUGGGCGUACGUUGACGGCCUCGGCAUUGACGAAAACUGCGCCGUUUACGAAUGUUGGCGUGCAGAGGAGCACCCCGCAUUAUCACGACAAAUAUCCCUAUGUUCGUUAUUCUUAUGGCAAUCCAUUGACCCCCGGUGAUGUAAGAAGGGAAUCUGAUCAGCUAUAUCGUUAUUCGACCGGCUUAAGCAACUUGAACAGCAAGCGUCUCUCGGAAGGCCGAACAACUACAUUUUCCAGCCUCUACAAAAAACCGAACUACUACAAUUCCAGGAUGGAACGGCCAGUAGCGCCGGUGCGGACCUAUGUGAGGUAUAUGCCAACCGAUGAUGCGGUCGACUUGUUCAAGAAGGGAUGCAUGAAUGUGAGCACGUUGUCGAAAUAUUGGCUCUCAUCCGGCCCGAACUAUUCCUCUCGUGGAGAGUAUGAUUUGAAUAUGAGCACCAACUACGCUGGACGAGGGCAGUACUACCGAAAUCAUAGCUUCAACACGGCUCGCUCGUUUGCCAGCCGCCUCUACUCCCGAGUUUAU